AUGAUAACUGCUACUGAAUUGAAAUCAAAAUUCAAAACCUUCAAGCAAGAUUUAGAAACAAGACUGAAUUCUACAGAAGCUAUGUUGAAUUCAAUGGAAAAAUCUAUUACUGCCAGAUUCGAUAAGGAGCAAGCAGCAUUAAAUAGGCUGACGAAGGCUAUCCUGAGCAAAAUUGUUUCCCAAAAGGAAGAUUCAAAAAGAAACAAAGGAAUUUCAGAUUGCAAUAAUGUGGAUAGUGAAAGAGAAGAAAAGGAAUUCUCUAAUCAGGUUAUUAUAAAGCCUUAA